AUGGGUAUUACACGAGCCCUUUGGGCAUUGCCUUUCGAGCUUGCAUGCAUCGUAUUAGCAGCGCAACCAUCCGCAGUCUCUCCGGUAUCAGCUCCGUUGAGGGACCUUUCUUGGGGUCAGCUGAACUUCCUCCACACAACAGAUACACACGGCUGGCAUGCUGGACACUUACAGGAACCAUCGUAUAGUGCUGACUGGGGCGACUACAUCUCCUUCUCUGAGAGAUUACGUCUGAAGUCCGACAAGGAAGGGAAGGACUUAUUACUCAUAGACACAGGCGAUCGGAUAGAGGGCAACGGUCUUUAUGACGCCUCACGACCCAAGGGGAAAUAUGACCUCGAUAUUUUCUCCCAGCAGAGCAUUGACGCAAUAUGCUCCGGCAAUCAUGAGCUGUACAAAGUAGCAUCAAUUGAAUAUGAAUACAAUACCACAGUGCCACAUUUCGAAGACACUUACAUCGCUUCAAACCUUGACAUUAUCGAAGACGGCGGGGCUGGGGAAAGGAAGCCUCUGGCUCAGAGAUUCAAGAAGUUCACAACGAAAAACCAGGGCAUCCGUAUCCUCUCAUUUGGUUUUCUUUUCAACUUCAAUAACGGUGCGAAAAAUAUUUUUGUACAGAAGGUCGAAGAUACAAUAAAAGAGAAAUGGUUCCAAGACGCCAUUCGAGACCGCAGAGUCGAUCUUGUCCUAGUCAUCGGUCAUGCCGACCUUCACUCACCUGAGUUCGAGGCAAUAUACAAAGCCAUUCGUGGCCAACAAUGGGAUGUACCCAUUCAAUUCUUCGGCGGUCACUCGCACAUUCGAGACUUCAAGAAAUUCGAUAAGAAGGCAUAUGGUUUGCAGAGUGGAAGAUACCUCGAAACCGUGGGUUUCAUGUCCAUCGACGGGCUGAAUGCCGGAGGCAACAACAAACAUUACUCACGCUCUUCUACUCACCUUGGCUCAAAUCGAGCCUCGUCGCAAAUUGCAGCCUCUCCAAGCUUCUCACGUCGUUAUAUCGACAACAACCUCUAUUCCUUCCAUCACCACACCACGCUCAACGCCUCGACAUUCCCCACUCCCCACGGUCUCAAUGUCUCUGCUAAGAUCAGGACUGCCCGAAAAAAGCUCAACCUUGACGACAAAUUCGGCUGCGCACCACAAACUUACUGGACGAAUCGUGCCCCCAUUCCUAGCCCUGACAGUCUCUUCACCCUCAUCCAAGACCAUAUCUUCCCCGACACAGUCGCAACAGAGGAACGCAAAGAUAUUCCUCACGUGGUACUCACCAACACUGGCGCCAUGCGCUUUGACAUCUUCGAAGGCCCUUUUACCAUUGAUAGCAUGUACGCCGUCUCGCCCUUCACGUCAGGCUUUCGCUUCAUCAAAGAUGUUCCUUUCAAUGUCGCAAAGCGAUUACUACAGAUUUUGAACCAAGAGGUGCCACAAUUAUGGCCGAUAGAGUUGGCCGCGGAGCUGAAGGCUAUCGCACCUGUGCCACUGGGUAAUCUUGUGUCUCAAGGCGACGACGAGAGGUCCAACCCAGCUAGUCCCGUCGGUCCUUCCCGACAAGUCCCAUUUCAAGCUCCAUUGGAUAAGCAUGAUGAUGAAGACCUCAUACCCGGCUACACGACUCACGAUGACGGUGGUAGCGAUGGCGACGACACUAUCCACUCAACGAUCAAAUUCUACAAUGUUCCGAAUUGCAUAGAGUCUCGCGUCGCUUUUCCCGCCACCGCUGACCAGAAAGAUCCCAGGACUGUGGAUCUGGUGUAUAACUCAUUCCUAGAAAAAUACGUGCUACUGGCCUUGAAGUUCCUAGGAACAGGAUUCGAUGAAGAAAGCACAGCACCAUACAUGGAAGGCAAGAGCAUGACACAAAUUAUCGGGGAAUGGGUAAGGGAAAAUUGGAAGUGUAAAGAUGAGGAUGACGAGAAGAAAGGUGAUGGGUCACUGGAGCUAUAA